AUUUUUCUGGUUUAGAGGAGGAUUGAUAUUGUGUUGACCUGUUAUUUUUUGUUGACUCUAGCAACCAAAAAGACUCUACUGCCAGCCGAGACUGGGAUUACUGCUGCAUUCUCUGACUGCUUGUACUACUCAUUUGGAUCCAUGGCUAUAAUUCUCCAAGCAACCGCGAGAGGGUUAUUCAGUAUGGAAUGGACUAUUUGGUUCAAAAUUGGUGCCUUGCCAGCAAACCUCAUGCUCUGUGUUUUUGGAGCACAUAGAAAUGUUGGGAUAGCGAGAGAGCAACACUAAGGGAGUCAAGAUCUACUUUACAAAUGAGCCAUAUCAUACAUAUUAGCCAUAUCAUCCAUAUUGGUGCAGUUGAGUCACUUCCUCUUCCCUACCAAGAUUACAGUUUAAGGGAGGCAUAUCGUGGCUUAAAACAAAAACAGGCAUGGCAUCUCAGAAUCAACAGAAGGCUGAACCUUUUAUACUCCAUCAGCAGAGAAAUCAGCUUUCAAAAGGAAAAAAACCUCACCUCACAAAGAAUCUGGCAUAUUUUCUAAAGAUGGGAAUCCGUUCAUUGCUGGUAGACAAAGCAGAAGAAGACAGUACCUGAAUGUUGUUCUCUCUGUACAUUGCCGCAGCAACACACGUGGAUGAGUUGAUUGAUAAAAUCAGACUCGGUUUCAUACAGCAGCAGAAACAAUACUAACGGUUUCAUCCAGAAGCAAAGGAUUUCAUCUAUCUCGAUCAUGGUGGAUCUUCCUCUCCAGUUUCGCAUACUUGAUUGAUCUGCUGCUUGCAACAUGGGCAGCUAGGUGUUUUGCUUGUGCUAUCCGUAGGACUUUGUUGGCAAAUUCUCACCUUAAGCAGCAGCAGCUUGGCUGAACAAAGGCAACAGUGAGAGUUCAUUCAUCACUUAACAAGGCUUGUUGAAGCUGUUGGGGUUUUGUUGGCCGACAGAGACAUUAUGGUCAGCCUGCAUGCAUAGCUUGGCUGGAGAUGAUCGAAUGCUGUCCUUUCAGAGGAUUAGAGAUUUCAUCUCGCAAGCUCCUGGAGUGGGAUAGUGUUCCUUGUGGUGUGGUUGGUGAAGGGUAGUCCUAGCUAUUGAGGUAGAUGGGUUGCAUCCUCUCUUUCAUGAAAAAUUCCAGUUGGGAUUCUGAAUCUUCGGCUGCAUUGGAUCUCUCACUGAAAAUAUUAAAGGGGUCUUUUCCAUAUGAGAAUUUGUUUGAAGGGUUCCAUUGUAGGGUGUGUUCCAAGAGAGCGGACCAAUUAUAAGAGAAGCAACAAGUGAUAAAAGGACAUAUCUCUGAAGCAUGCGGCUCAAUUGGUCUCAAUCUAGCUCAUUUAAUACUUGUCUAAUGAUAUAUGGCGAGCGGAUGUUCUGGGAGAUUUCGGUCAAGUUCGGGAGAGAAUACUUUAAAAUUGGAUAUCUCAAGGCAGAGUCUAUAGUGCUCACGAUGAUUUAUCAUCUCCAGAAGACCAUUAACCAUGAGGAGACUCGCAAAAAAGCAACAGAGAGAGGAGCUCUUUUUCUUCUUCUUCUUCUUCGAGGAGGGAUCGAGAGGGGAGCAGGCGGAAACGGCGGGAGAAGGUGGUGGUGUAGCAGCAGCAGUGGCAGAACUUCCAUUCCGCCAUACGCUAGCCCUAAGUUUGCAUUUACAGAGAGAGGAGCUCUUCUUCUACUACUAUGAUGAUGAUGAAGAUACGACUCGUGAUGGAGAAGAAGUAAAGCUUCUAGAGUGAUCGUCGUUUGGAAUGUCAAUUUGUUUUUUGGACAUGUUUUAUUGAUAUUUGAGGUCUUGAGACAAUAUGAACUAUUAUGAAUCAUGUAUUCUUGUUAUGAUCAGACUUUUGUGAACUAUUAUUAGUCUUUUUUAUGAUAGAAUCAUGAGAUUUGGAUUUUAAAUCUUAUAAUUAUCUUAUUAUGCUAAAUUAAUAUUUUAUAAUGUUAUGUGCACUAUUAGGUUGAUGAUGUAUCUAAAUCAAUAUUUGAUGAUGUUAUAUGCGUUAAUAGGUUGAUGAUGUAUAUUAUUAUACUAAGU